AUGAACGCGGGGUUCGAAAUGAUCUGGUGCGACUUUGGAAGCGGGAGUCUGAGGCUUGUUUCCAGGGGGAACGUUACGGCGCCGCAGACGAGGGAGAAGAAGGAGAGGAGCGGAGGGCAGAGUGACGGCGUCAGGGAGGUUCAGCAAAGGGGUGUGCACGAUGGAGAGGUCCCGACGUCGGUAUAUCCUCUCCCGCCGCAACCGACCCUAACGGACCGCCCUGUGAGCCCGUCCCGCCCGCCGGUGCCGCCCAACUGGCGCGGGAUCAUGGGUCCCGUUGAUCGGGAGCCGUUCCUACAGAGCCAGGGGUGGGGAUGGUUCUCGUCCGCGACGUGGCAUUACGGAUCGAACGGCGCCGGAUUGGGGAGGGGGGAGACGAGGGCCCGGGUGCUGGGGUGCGGGGUCACGAGCUGGUACUCGAAGGGCGUCUGGGGUUCCCUCGUCGACGAAGAGAGGAAGAGGUUGAACCUCACCGCGGAAGGGUACUGGGCUGACGCUAAGGAUAUCGGCAACCGGAGCGUGGCGUUGAGCGAGCUGGGGAGGAGGAGGCGGCUGCAUCAUCUGGAGGGCGCGACGGCGUCGCAGGCGACCGACAUGAGAUGGGAGACGGAGCUGAUGCUGAGGGAUGCCGUUGUUGGCAGCGGCGGGUGUAGCGGGAUGGAGUGGGUCGGGACGAUGGGCGAGAUCGUGCAGCGGACUGCGGGUCACCUGAUGGCGCUGGAGCAGGGCGCGAGGUUCGGCGGUGAUUGGGGCAACGAGACGGAAGUGAGGGAGUGGUUGUACAGGCUGCGCGGGCAGAGCCACAUGUUCCUGGUCUCGUUCCUUGAGUAUCCGGACGAAAUCGACGCGGGGACGUGGGAUUCGACGGGCGAGCUUUUCGGCGAGACGUACUCGCGGUGUCGGUACCGGUACACGAGGCUCCUGGUCGACAUGCCGCUGAGUGCGAGAGAGCGGGGUCUGAAGGACGCGGUGGAGGAGGUCAUGGGUGGCAUCUGCGGGGUGUUGUUGGAGGUCGGUUUUGGCAUCGAGGGGGCGUGGUAUGAUCUCGAGGAAGGGGAGAAGUCUCGACUGGAGGUCAAUUGGAAGAGCUGGGCGGACGCGGUGAGGCGGCUGAGGGCCUGGGUGGGAUGGGAGGGGGAGUUUAUCCGAUGUGACAAGGUUUGCGGAUGGGAUGAGCGAUGCUACAUUCCCAUGUGGCCGAUGUUGAGGUCCACGUGGGGCGGCAGAAGGCCGAGACCACCGCCGGAGGACGGUCCGGGGAACGGGACGGAACCCGGGGAUGGACGACCGCCGCCGCCACCACCACCGUAUAGGGGUCGGGGACCUGGUUAUGGAGGAGGAAACCGCACGCGACCCGGACAUGGCAUGCCGGAGCGGGGCCCGGGUUGGAUGGGGAAUGAGGACGACCUGUGGGAGCCAAAGUGUGUUAAGUUAGAGGACAUUAUGCCGAAGCCCGAUGGAGACUAA